AUGGCCAUUGUUGCAGUUGCAGGAGGAAGCGGCAAGCUCGGUCGUGCUAUUGUCGAUGGCAUCAAGGCCGCUGGCAACUUCGAAGUCCUCGUUCUCGCACGCAAGGCAAGUGCUCGAAUUGUCGAAACGGACUAUAGCAGCCCUGAUGCUAUUGCGGCUGUCCUCGAAAAAAACAACGUCCAUGUUGUCGUGUCGGCUUUGAGUAGCCAGUCUCCGCCUGAGCAAGAAUUCAAUCUGCUCAAGGGAGCGGACAAGUCAUCGGUGACCAAGAGAUAUAUCCCAAGUAUUUGGGGCAUCCGUUACACUGAAGAGAUUGCUUCGUACUUCCCUCCUGCUGCCACCAAGCUGAGUUUUCUCAGUGCGUUGCAAGCUACCUCGCUCGAUUGGACGGCUGUGUACAAUGGAUAUUUCCUCGAUUACUAUGGUGCACCCAAAGUGAAGACGUACAUGCCCCCUAUGGCGCUUGUUGUUGAUUUGGCCAACAACUUCGCAGCGAUCCCCGGCUCCGGAGACGUGCCAGUUGUCUUCACGCACACCUUUGAUGUUGGCCACUUUACGGCUGCCCUACUGACCAAGGAUAAAUGGGAGAAAGAGUCAUACAUUAUUGGCGAUAAAGUAACAUUGAACGAAUUCGUCAAACUUGGAGAGGAGGUUAAGAAGACCAAGUUCACCAUUGAGCACGAUCCGAUUGAGAAGUUGAAGACUGGUCAGAUCACGGAACUACCAUCGCACCCUCCUUUCUACCCAUACUUUCCCAAACAGAUGCUUCAAGGAAUGUUUGCGGCUUUUGGCAACAUGUUCGAGAAUGGAGUCUUCGAUCUGAAACCUAGUCACACCUUGAACCAGGACUUCCCUGAAAUAAAGCCCAAGACUGUCAAAGCUCUGAUCACUGAGGCCUAUGGAGCGUAA